CGCGUGCACCCGGGAAUUCAGGGGUGUUCCUGGGCCUGGGUCUAACCGCCUGUCAGGUGUUUGGGUAUGUGCUCUGCCUUCUCCAGCAGUAGCUCCCGUGGACUUCCUCCUCAGAUUCCCUGCGUGGGCGGAGCUGGGCCGGAACAUGGCGAAGUCGGGUCUGGAUCAUCUCAAAAAUGGCUACAGAAGAAGAUUUUGCCGACCUUCCAGCGUACCUGAUAUUAAUACAGGGCAAGGCCAAAACAUGCUGGAAAUCUUACAAGACUGUUUUGAAGAAAAAAGUCUUACCAAUGAUUUUAGCAUAAAUUCUACAAAAUCAGUGCGUUAUUCGACACCCAGAGUGAAAGACAAUUCUAUUCAUUCCCCAAGCAAAGAGAAAUCACAUUCAAAGUCAGUUUCAGUUUCUUCAAGGAAGAAGGAAGCCCCUCUGCAAGACAUUAUAGAACCAAAUGAAACUGCCCACAAAUCAGUACAGGGCCAUGAAGUUCUUCAGAAAAUCCUGGCAACUGAUAUUGUUUCUAGAAAUACACCCGACUUGAAAAAAAUGUCAAGUAAAAAACCAAGUGACCAUCCUAGUGAAGCUGAGGAAGAAUUUUACUUAUCUGUUGGCUCACCUGCUGUUCUUUUGGAUGCAAAAACAUCUGUAUCACAAAAUACUAGUUCAUCUCUUGCUCAAAAGAGAGAGACUUAUACUUUUGGAAAUUCGUUAAAUAUGCUGUCUUCAAGUACAGAGAUUUCUCUUAAAACCAAAAAAAGGUUAAACUUUGAAGAUUUUAUUUUAAAAAAAGUAGAAAUAGAGAAUAAAGUAUCAGAAGUAGAGAAUAAAAUACCAGAAGGACAACAAGAAAGGAAGCCAUCAGAAACAUUUCAGAAAAGUGUACAGGAUUUGGAACAUGAAAUUCAACCACAAACUAAAAAGAGCUUUUCAACAUUGUUUUUAGAAACUGUAAAAAGAAAAAGUGAAUUCAGUCCCAUUGUUAAGCAUAUAGUGACUGCUCCACCUCAUUCAUCUCCUCCAAAUGAUAUGAAGUUGUUAGAAGAUGAAUUUGUAAUUGAUGAGUCAGAUAGAAGUUUUGCCAGUGGAUCUUGGAUUACAAUACCAAGAAAGGGUGGAUCUCUGAAACAACCCACAAUAUCCCCUGCUGAGAGCACUGCAGUCCUUCAAGGUAAGAAGGCAAGAGAAAAACAUCGCAGUGUAUUACCUAACACUUUGAAAAGUGACCAGCAUUUGCAUAAAGCUCACCCAGAACAGAAAUUUCAACCCUGUGAUGAAAAAAAAGUGGAUACAAGUUCUUCUUUGACAGAUGAAUUGGAAAAUAUUGAUAGAUCUACAAAAUAUGAAAUCUCUUCUGAAAAUGCCAAAAAACCAUCUGAAAACAAAACGCCAAUAAAACAAAAUCAGAGAAGAAAAUUUAAGGCCAACGUAGUUAAAAAACAGCUUGAUCUGGAACAGUCUAAAGAUAAAAAUGUAAAUAUGUCACACUCUGCUCAAGACAAGUUGCAAAAAAAUUUAGACAGAAAUGGAGAAGAUUGUGAAGGGACGAGAAAUGAUAAUAUAUUCAAAACACCUACACUACCUGUGGGAGAUAAGAAAAUAAAUAGAGGCACCAAAAACAAUAAGGAAGAAUCUAGAAAGAAGCAUUUUUCAAGUGAGUCCAAGAAGAAUAAACUUGUAUCCGAAGAAGUGACUAUUGCUGUCAUGAGAAGUCAUAGGAUUUCCAGGCGUCCAUCUGAUUGGUGGGUGGUAAAAUCAGAUGAAAGUCCUGUUCAUAGCAAUUCUUCAAUAAAAAAUGAAUUAUCAGUGUAUCACAACCCUAGACAAAAAUCUGCUAAGAAAACAAAUCAGCCAUCUAGGAAUACUGGGAAAAAAGCCAUUCCAUUAAAAAAGCAGAAGACAGCUAUGCAAGGCAGCUCAAGAGUACAGAAAUUUUUAAAUGUUAAAGGUUCUGAGUUUAUUAGCAACCAUGAAAAACUUCCCAGUUGUUCCCAGAAUGAGCCAUCAGAAAGUGACAAAGCUGACCUGGCUGCGAAGAAAAGUCUUGAUUGUUCUGGAACUACAGAGCGCUCCAAGAAUCAAUGUGGUGUUACAACUGCACAAAAUGUUCGUUUAAAGUCUCAUACCAGUGACCAUACUUGCAAGACACCAACAGAGUCUAAUUUGGAUUCUGGAAAGUGUAAAACUUCAGUUUUGGAAGAAAGUGGACCAUCCAGGAUCAAGAACUAUUUAAUGUUUGGGAAGAAUAAUUCUGAUGUGUGUGAUGAAGAAGUUCAGGAAAGGUUAGAUGACUCAAGACUGAAAAGAACUAAAGUGUCACCAGAGAAGAAAACACAUCAUAAAUUAAUUUUGCCCUCCAACACACCAAAUGUCCGCAGGACCAAGAGAAUACGUUUUAAACCUUUGGAAUACUGGCGAGGAGAGCGAAUAGAUUAUCAAGAAACAUCAUCAGGAGAAUUUGUGAUUGGUGGAAUAUUGUCCCCAGUCACAGUAACAUCUAAAAGAAAGGCAAAAGGAAACGUGGAAAGAGUCGAAAAAGUAACUAAUAGGAAAAGGAUGUGUCUUCAUAAUGAUGAAAGAAAGAAUAAAUUAAUACUAAAUGUUGAUAUAUCUCUAAGAGAUCCUUUGCAGCCAACACCAGUAAAGGACCCAGAAACAAGAGAGAUUGUUCUCAUGGAUCUUAUAAAGCCACAAGAUACAUAUCAGUUUUUUGUGGAACAUGGUGGAUUGAAAGUAUAUAAAACUUUGGAUACACCUUUAUUUUCUACUGGGAAAUUGAUAUUAGGACCCUAUGAAGAAAAGGGAAAACAGCAUGUUGGCCAAGAUAUAUUAAUCUUUUAUGUUCACUUUGGUGACCUUUUGUGUACUUUAUAUGAAUCACCUUAUUUAAUAACUACUGGGGAUUCUUUCUAUGUUCCUUCAGGUAAUUAUUACAACAUCAAAAAUCUCCUGAAUGAUGAAAGUAUUCUUCUUUUUACUCAAAUUAAGAGAUGAAGGAUGAAGCAAGUUUAAAUAUGUGUGGGUAUUUAUGUAUAUGUGUAUAAAAUAUACAUGUACACACAUGUAUAAAGCAGCUUGUAUAGUUGA